ACACACGGCAGAGCGGCAGAGACGCGCAACGGAGCGGAGCCAUGGGAAAGCUGCAAGAAUUUGACAUCACUUUUACCAACAACAAGGUAGUUUACGGUCCCGGAGAGGCUAUAAGCGGAACUGUGAAAAUACGCACCGGCAACUCGCUGCAGUAUAAAGCCAUCAAGGUCAACUGUCAGGGCUCGUGUGGGAUCUCCAGCAAAAUGAACGACACCUCGUGGAACCUGGAAGAGCAGUACGUCAACAGCACGCUGUCUGUCGCUGACAAAGGAAUUCUGGCGCCAGGUGAACACAGUUUCCCAUUCCAGUUCGUCAUUCCAGCUGCUGUUCCCACUUCUUUCGAGGGACCCUUUGGAAAGAUUGUUUACCGCUUGAGGGCGACCAUUGACACGCCCCGCUUCUCCAAGGACUAUAAAGCGCAGAAGCCCUUCUACUUGCUUAACCUUCUCAACCUCAACGUGGUGCCUGACAUUGAAUAUCCGAGUUACGCUGUGACCACAAAGAAGUUCAGCUACCUUCUGGUGAAGACAGGGACUGUGAUGCUGAAGGCUCGCAGUGAUCUGAGGGGUUAUGUCCCUGGUCAGGUCAUCAAGUUAGCCACUGAGAUCCACAACAAGUCUGGCAAAGACACCGGAUACGUACUGGCCAGUCUCAUACAGAAAGUGACGUAUAAGACGAAGCGGCCGGUGUUUGAUCUGCGGACCAUCGCAGAGGUGGAGGGAGCCGGAGUGAAGGCCGGGAAACAUGCAGAGUGGAGAGAGCAGAUCAUCGUCCCUCCUCUCCCUCAGUCCGCACUUGCCGGCUGCAGCCUCAUAGACAUCGAAUAUUUCAUUCAGGUGUCACUAAAGUCUCCAGAGGCGGUUGUCACGUUACCCAUCUAUAUUGGGAACAUUGCUGUGAACUUGUCUCCAUCGAGGCUCAUGCCCAGCAGCCCAGUCCCUGCUGCUGCGGCAGGGGUGACACCCAGCGCGCCACCGGUGGAGUUCCCAGAUUACCCAGAGGACGAACUGUGCGCCGGGGGCAUCGUUAGUGAGGAGCUACCCACCAAAAGUCACUCUCAGCAGGAUCCCACAGGGCAGCAGGUCACCAUGUCCCCCAGCGCCUUCAGCCACGCUCCCGGUGCGGCGCUGCCUCCCUGCCACGGGCGACCCAAUGCGUCCGCACCCCUGUUCUGCGUUUCAACUGGAGCCACCAUACCUUUCUUCACAGAGGGAAAUGUGACGCCGGUCCCCACUUCCUGCUCUCUCAUUCUCCCUCCAGAGUACAGCAGCUGGGACUACCCUCAAGAGCCCCCGCCCACAUACGAGGAAAGCUGCAGUACAGUGAACUCCAGUUUUACCAGCGGAGAGUAGAGGAGAAGCAGCUGUGAGUCAUCACGGCCGUGCCCACCCACAUCUGGCUGCACUCCCCUGUCAGCAAGUCCAGACAAAGACAUGGCAGGAUGACAAAAGAUGGAAGACAACGCCAUCUUCCACACGCCAUGAAGAUUGUUUCUUUGUUCUCUUAUGAGUGGGAAAAAAGGGAUGAAUUCUUAUUAUAAUAAGAAUUUUAGUUUCACCUCAUGUCCCACUAGGAAAUGUCAGAAAGGGUGAGCAUCACUGUGCCUAAAAAGAGUAAUUUAUGAUUGUUACACAGCAUUUAGGAUGUUCAGUGACUGAAUAUUUUUGAUUGUUGUAGUAGGUCUGUUGCGCCGCCCCCCCAACACAUUGCUGCAUCUGGGAUGCCUUUAAAAAAAAUAUGAAGCCAAUGACUGCUUUGUCCCGGACCUUUCAGUCUGUUGUUCUUUUUGUACUUGUUCUUCUAAAUGUGUGCUUGUUAGCGUGGUCCACUGUUGUGUAUUUGUUUUGUCAGCUGUCCUUGAUAUCAAGAAGUGAACGUAUAGCGGCAGGUGCUGGUUAAUCAGCCGAGGCGGAGCCGUGUGAUUAGUCCCAUGUGUCUGCAGACACAGCCAGCUCCUCUGUGGAGGAGGUUAAUGUGAUUGUUGCCCCAUCUUUUUGAGAAUAUCAGCUUGUAAUCUUGCACGGGGGAGAUUUGGAGAAACCUCUCACAUCUGUCACCACUACAAUGAACAAUGAAGUCAAACCUAAAUUGACCAAUAUUUUCUUUAUCCAUCCAUCCAUUUUCUUCCACUUAUCCGUUUCCGGGUCGCGGGGGUCAGCCGAGAUGCCCAGACUUCCUUCACCCCAGACACUUCCUCCAGCUCUUCCUCCAGCUCUUCCGAGGGGAGUCCGAGGCGUUCCCAGGCCAGCCGAGAGACAUAGUCUCUCCAGCGUGUCCUGGGUCUUCCCCGGGGUCUCCUCCCGGUGGGACAUGCCUGGAACACCUCCCUAGGGAGGAGGGACAUGCCUGGAACACCUCCCUAGGGAGGCGUCCAGGAGGAUCCGAUACAGAUGUCCAAGCCACCUCAGCUGACUCCUCUCAAUGUGAAGGAGCAGCGGCUCGACUGCGAGCUCCUCCCGGGUGACCGAACUCCUCACCCUAUCUCUACGGGAGCGUCCAGCCACCCUGUGGAGGAAACUCAUCUCGGCCGCUUGUAUCCGCGAUCUUGUCCUUUCGGUCACUACCCAAAGUUCAUGACCAUAGGUGAGGGUAGGGGCGACGAUCGACCGGUAAAUCGAGAGCUUCGCCUUUCAGCUCAGCUCUUUCACGUCUUUCACGACGGUCCGGUACAUCGACCGCAUAACUGCGGACGCUGCACCGAUCCGUUGAUCAAUCCGAUCAAUCUCACGCUCCAUCUUUCCCUCACUUGUGAACAAGACCCCGAGAUACUUGAACUCCUCCACCUGAGGCAGGACUUCUCCAGCCACCCGGAGAAGGCACGCCACCCUUUCCCGGUGGAGAACCAUGGCCUCGGUCUUGUAGGUGCUGAUUCUCAUCCCUGCCGCGUCGCACUCUGCCUCAAACCGCCCCAGUACGUGCUGAAGGUCCCGGUCCGAUGAAGCCAACAGGACAACAUCAUCUGCCAGACCAAACCAGAUCUCCUCCGGCCCCUGGCUACGCCUAGAAAUCCUGUCCAUAAAAAUAAUGAACAGAACCGGUGGCAAAGGGCAGCCCUGCCGGAGUCCAACAUGCACCGGGAACAAGUCUAACUUACUGCCGGCAAUGCGAACCAAACUCCUGCUCCGAUCAUACAGAGACCGGACAGCCCUUAAUAGAGGGCCCCGGACUCCAUACUCAUUGAGCACCCCCCACAGAAUGGCACGAGGGACACGGUCAAAUGCCUUCUCCAGAUCCACAAAGCACAUGUAGACUUGUUGGGCAAAUUCCCAUGAACCCUCGAGCACCCUGCGGAGGGUGUAGAGCUGGUCCAGUGUUCCACGACCGGGACGAAAACCGCAUUGUUCCUCCUGAAUCCGAGGUUCAACUAUCGGCCGUAUUCUCCUCUCCAGUACCCUGGCGUAGACUUUCCCGGGAGGCUGAGAAGUGUGAUCCCCUUAUAGUUGGAGCACACUCUCCGGUCCCCCUUUUUAAACAGAGGGACCACCACCCCGGUUUGCCACUCCAGCGGUACUGUCCCCUUCCUCCAUGCGAUGUUGCAGAGACGUGUCAACCAAGACAGCCCUACGUCAUCCAGAGACUUGAGGUACUCAGGGCGAAUCUCAUCCACCCCCGGUGCCACUGAGGAGCUUACGAACUACCUCAGUGACCUCGGCUUGGGUGAUGGAUGAGCACGUCCCCGAGUCCUCACCCUCUGCUUCCUCAGUGGAAGGCAUGUCAGUCGGGUUGAGGAGAUCCUCGAAGUAUUCCUUCCACCGUCCAACGAUGUCCCCAGUCCAGGUCAACAGCUCCCCACCCGCACCAUAAACGGUGCCGGCAGAGUACUGCUUCCCCCUUCUGAGGCGCCGAACGGUCCGCCAGAAUAUUUUCUUUAUUACUUUGUGAAAUAAAUUUUCUUCUAUUGAAGAUUAAAUAUGCCUGGUACAUUUAUUUUUUUCUUUUUAAAUAUAACAUUUGUGGCAUGCCAAUAUUUACUCAAUACUGCCACCCUGUGUUGACUCGGGUGGAUACAAACAUUUGUUUUGAUGUUGUUCCUGACCUGAAUGCUGAGUUUAUCUGCAGAUGAGCCUCAUUUUUGCAGCGGGGCAGCACUUUGGCAACUCAGCCGCCGUUCCUGUACUCUCCUGUGCUUGGCGCUGGAAGGAUCUUCAUAUCAGCUGGGCCUUACACCUGGAGUUUGACAUAAUCUGACAGGAAAACUAAAAAUCCUGUCUUUUUAAAGCCCAACAUUUUUUAAUUAACAUUGAAAGUAGGUCUUUGCUGUUAUAUUUAGAAUCUUCUUUGGGGUUUCUGAAUUAGAUCGGGGGUCGUUCUUGUCCUUUUUGUUGCCUUAACUUUUUGUUGUAUAAACAGUCGUGGAAUCAGUCAGUGAAAAUGAUAACACGUGCACAGCACUUUUGGAGGAUGUGGAUUUUGAGUGAGUACAUUGCUGCGUGUGUUUGACUGUGUGUGAAUGAAUGGGUUCCCAAAAUAUCUAGACUUUUUGCACAUGUUCAUCUAAAGACUUUUCCACUGAAACUCAUUUUGAUUCAGUUUCUCACUGGAUGUGUCGGUUUUCAUUCCUCUCUCUCUGCCUGCAGCAUAGCUGGGUACAUCUUCAACAAAAUCAUCCUCACUAUCUUCUGCUUAAGUUAUUUAUACUUUCUCCUUUUGGAUGUGCAGUUUUGUUUGAUAUAACUCAUAACGGGGGGAUUCAGUGUUGCUUUCCAUUCAUUUUUAUCUGAUGUUACUAACAUUUGCUAAUUUGUUCAUGUAUUAAUAAACAAAGUUAACCAUAUAUAAAAUUAAAUGAUUUACACAUCACCCAGGCCCAGCGAGUUUGAAAAUAUCAUUUACUGUCCCUUUUGUGUGUUAAUCUAUUGCCACUGGACAUGUAAAAAAACAAAACAACUGUACUGAAUGUUUGUCUUGAUAUUCAUGUGUUUCUUCUCCUUUCCUUACAUUGCAGAAUAAUCAAAGUCCGUGUUAAACUCACCGUGUCUGCGUUUGGUUCUCGUUUAAUGUCUUGCCGCAUGUUCUUAGGGAAUUUGUGUUUUCUUUUGAGUUUUUAAAUUUCCUGAAGCAGACGGCUUUUGUCACUCAAAUGAUGAUAAUACGAUGUUGCAACGUUAAAGUGACUGCAUGCCUUACCCAGCCUGGAUGAUGUACAUGAGCCUCUCAUGGACCUGCUUCUUCUCUGAAGACGCCAGGAGGUGCUCCUGGUGUGCUGUCUGUAGUUGGACUGUGCUACUUGCACUUUAUGUAUACAGAUGUAGCUUCUAAAGAUCUGUGAGACACUGGAACUUAGAUCUGUACAACUUUGUUUUCAUUCUUCUUUUAGAAAAUAUGUGUAAUUCCUCUGAUUUCCAAGAGUGCAGCAGCUCCUUGAACGUUCCAUGCUGCCUUUCAGUCUUCCUUCUGUUCUUGUUUUCACCAAAAGGUACUAUAGCUUUAUGAAGCCUCGUUCUUUUUAUUUCCUUCCCUACCCUUCAUUAUUUCCUUUUCACAUACUGCAGAGUGGUUUUGUAUUUUUCUACUUGAAACUGUUUUCAGGUGCUGAAUGCACAUAGUGACAGUAGCACCUCAACCAGUAUAUGUAAUGUUUCAAAUAACAGUGCAUAAUUAAAAGUGUACUGUACGAUGUAAUAAAAUGAUACAACAUA